AUGUUCUUCUCCGACCUCUACAAAUCCCCCAAGGCCACUCUUUCCAAGUUUCGCCAUAGUCAACCUCCUGAAGCUUGCGACUAUGGCGACCCCGACCUGCUUAGCAAGGACAAGAUAAAACAAAAGGCCGCCGUCAGGAAGUUUCUUGCCGAAAAGGUUCGGAACGAUUGGGCUUUUGCGUGGCCUCCACCCCAAACUGCGUCGACCUCGGCGAACAACGCGGCUGCUCAAGCCGCCGUACCUAGCCCGGAACCGGGAGUCGUUCUCGAACCCAUCGUCGAACCUGCAGUUCCUACCGCUGGUGAUUCUACGGCUGCGACGACCACGGCGACAACAUCGCAUCUAUCCACUGCUGAUGCAACCGAUGCUACCCCACAGUCUCCUCCCCUCGAGGAUGCUACUGUCUUGGCAGGCCGAUCCCCACCAACUAUCACGACGCAUGCCGGAAGCCAAGCAAUUCCGGCCACCCUACCCACGAGCGACGAAACGCACCCGCCUGUCGGCGUUCCCGACGUGAGUGUCGAGGAAGAAACUACCCAACAGGAAUCAGCGCCAAGCAAGUGUGAUGUUAGCCUUGACGAUGGCAACGAAAGCGAUGACGACGUCUCUUCAGUGUACUCCGUCUUCUCUGAAGACGAGACCCACUUUCGCCAGCGGCUUGAGUGGUCCUCGGAGCUCUCCGACGAUGAGAGCGACGACAACGAGGCCCCCACGGCCUUCAAAUUCGAAAGCCCCGACACGGUAGGCGAAACCAUCCGCGCCAAGGUUCUAUCCAAGAAGGAAAAACGGCGACGCGCCGUCAAAGAAGAGGCGACCUGGAACGUCGGUCUGGCUUGCUUCGAGGCGAGACGGAAUGCUUGGACGGGCGCAAAGACGGUUCGUCUAAAGAAGAAGCCCAUUUCACCCGCCGCCGGGUUCUCUCCGCGCCGCCUAUUCUUCCGAUCGCCGCCCGCGACACCACUAUCGUCGUCUCCAACGGAACGUAAGAGCGGCGACUCUGCCGCUGUCAUUAUCCCCCUUGCGCCGCCCUUUCUACCCCCUUCCAACCCAAUGCGAUCCAGCAUCUCUGCUGCCGUAUACCCGGCGCUUUACGACAAGUUGGUGCUCAACGGCCUCACCCCGAGCUGCCCUGUCAAUCUGGCAGACAUGAUCCGUGCUUGCAAGAAGAAGAAGGACAAGGCAACGGAGAACGGCAGCACGGCGAGGCGCAUGAGCUUGGGUCUGCUUGGCAGAGACAGGGAAGGCGGUGAGAAUGGUGGUGGUGGCGGCGGCGGCGGCGGCGGCGGCAUCCGCAGAAGCAUGCAACGGAUCCUUGGCAUACACCAUCACCACCCCGGAGCGGCGUGA